AUGACAGCCAGACGAAUUUUGGAAGAUUCAGACGGCUUUCAAUCUCUGGCGCCCGAAGUUGACGAUAGCCUAACGCAACAGUCGGCCGGACCGUUGGCCUCGAAGUUAUCGCCGACCUUCACAAAAGUCGGCGACGACGAGGACGUAGGUUCUAUGGACCUGUGCAACGCUCUGACGGAGCCCAAGAUUCAGCCACUGGAGGCUUGCGCCAGCCGGCUGGAGGAGGAGGUGGCCUGGUUGACAUGGACGGUGAAGUUGGUCUCUCGACAGAUUCUUGACUCUGCUGUGGAUCGGAUGCUCAGGGUCCACGAGGCGCGGCUCAACAGGGCAAGUGCAUUAUGGACUUAG